UUAAUUCAAUGUAAGCAAGGGACGAAGAGAAACAACCAAUAGUCGAUAGUAGCGUACACAUCAAAGGAGUAGAUGAAGUAGAUUCUUCUUUGACCAGUAGAUUAGGAUUCAUUAGAAAAGUACGUUUUUAGACUUAUGAAUUUAGGUGUAUUCUAUCUUAUCCUUACAAUUGCUAUUUACAGCAUUGCUAACUGUAUGGUGUAUAACACAAGAAGCUGUUACGAAAUUUGUUGUACAAGAAAUAUUUCUUUUUGUCUUCGCUGCCAUAUCUGCUAUAGUCUUGAUGUGUUUUCUCCUUUGUUGCAAGGCUAAUGCAAGAAGAGCACCAAAAAACUAUAUUUUAUUGAGUCUUUUCACCUUGUGUGAAGCAUAUGUUGUCUCCUUCAUUUGCUGCACUGUUGCCACUCAAAAUUCAAAUGGAAGUAUUAGAUGAAUAAUUACAUUAGUCGAGUUAAUAGUUAUUGCCUUAUCUAUGACAGUCCUAAUGACCAUGGGAUUAACACUGUAUGCAUGCACAACAAAAGAGGAUUUUACAAUCUGCACAGGGCUCCUUUGGUCUUUAGCUAUAUGUUUAUUAUUGCUUUUUAUUUUCACUCUCAUAUUUCCAAGCCGCUUGUUGUCAAUCAUAUAUUCAAUUUUUGCGAUAUUUGUGUACUCCAUUUACAUUAUUGUUGACACUCAAUUAAUCGUUGGUUCAAAGGUAUUAAUUAUAUAGAGUAUUUAUAGAGACACUCAUUACAAAAGGAUGACUACAUAAUCGGGGCCCUCAUUUUGUAUAUCGACAUAAUCAUACUAUUUUUGGAAUUGUUAAAAUUAUUAGCAUAGCUAACUGGAAAAAAUUGAGAAGAAAUAAAUGAAUAAUCAUUAC